CUGCAUUAGUGUGAGUGCUGCGCUCGUACGGGACGCACACGGGCGCUUCGCUCCCUAAGUACAGACGAGUAGAAUACAAUUUUUACUAACACAUAUUUGUUUACUAAUAUUUGACGCUGAUUCGUAUUUUAAAGCUAUGCCUCCUGGGCGAUCCAAGGUGUUGCGCCACCAGGCGCGGAAAAUGGUGUACGACGUUCUAACGUUUAUGAAGAAGGAAGCGGAAGACGGUCCGCAAUUCGACUUGAAAGCGGUUCAAAAACGUACCGCAGCGGCCACAGGCGUCUCGGAAAGAACAGUGAGAAGAAUCGCCACAUUGGCCGUCAAUGACCCAUUUAACCCAGAAUCCAGUACCGGUUCAGUAUUCCGUACCCCUGGCAAAAAAAGAGUGGGGAGAAGGAAUAUCACGGGACUUGACUGUUUCAAUCGAGGCAUCAUUAAGAGAUUGAUACAAAACUUUCAUAACACGGGUAACGGAUUGCCAACCAUUAAGAAUCUCCUAAAAAAGUUAAAAGAAGAAAAAGUUUUUAAAGGGUCCCCUACAAGUCUGAGGCGAAUAAUAAAAGACCUCGGAUUUAAAUGGAGGAAGACUGACGAUAAUAAGAAACUGAUACUGGAAGACGUGUAUACCCGUUAUAAACGUAUUGAUUAUCUGCGAAAAAUAACAAAAUAUCGCGAAGAAGGAAGACCCAUAGUCUAUACAGACGAGUUCUCUAUUGAUUCUUCGAAGAGCACCAGCGAUAGUAGCACACCGGGGCUCAGGGGAAGUCUGUCUAAACCGCAACGGAUCAUCAUUGUACACGCUGCCUCUGAUGCAGGCUUUAUAUGCAAUGCCCUUUUGAUAUUUAAAGCAGGUACGAAAUUAGGCGACUUACACACUAAAAUGAAUUAUGAAGCCUACGAAACGUGGAUUCGCACACAACUUUUACCUAAUCUCCCAGUAAAAUCAGUAGUGGUGCUAGACAACGCUCCGUACCACAACAAGGCUGAAGACGGAGCGCCGACGUCAAAUGCAAAGAGAUCUGUAAUGGAAGCGUGGCUUCAACGAAACAAUAUCACAUUUAAUGCUACAAUGCUAAAGCCGGAUUUGUAUAAACUAAUUAGUAUAAAUAAAGGAAAAAAUAAAAAAUACAACAUAGACAAAAUACUGAAUGAACAUAACCACACUGUACUGCGUAUUCCGCCCUACCACCCGGAUUUAAACCCUCUAGAAAUAGCUUGGGGGGCGAUCCAAGAAUACGUGUCGAAAAAAGAUGUACCGUGGACAAUUGCUAAUGUCAUACAACUAGUUGAAGAGAGGAUAAAGGUAAUGGAUGGGCUGGAAUGGCUUGCUUUAUGUAAUAAAGUUAGAAGCAUCGAGGCAGAAUACAAGAAAAUCGAUGAGAUAAUCGAUAAGUUAACCGAUGCGCAUACAGUACGUGUUAGUGACGACGAGUCUGAGACCGAGGAUGACGACUCAGAUAGUGAGGAAUUAGAGGAGAGUUCGUCAGAAGAAGAACUAGACUUGAGUUCAUUCUUCAUGGACGGCGACCUGUUUUUUGACAUUUAAACUUGUCUUUUUAACAGCAGCUAUGUAUGUCAUUACCCGCUUGUAAAUUAGAAAAGAAAGGUUUGUAGGUACUAGGUAGCUUAUAAGUGUAUGUAUAUAAUCUUAGUUAUAAAUUUAUUUAUAUAUAUUGGUGCUUAAUCGCCUAUUCGAAUAAAGAAAAUUUGAGUGUCAGUGUUUGUUUGGAAUAAAGGUUUCUACUAAUGUAACGUGA